CGAUUUGUCAAAGAUUUCGGCAUACUCCAUUACACCUCUUUCUCCAUUAAAAAUGACUGUGGAUGAAUUUACUGGCUCGGUGGUCUCGCAGGAUAUCCACGUAAAUGUAAUGGAUAUAACAGUGACCUGCUACAACACGCAGCUCAUCAGCUUCUACGAAAACAGUGCUGGUGAUACCGACUUUAUGGACAGCACCAAGCUGGAGAAGGGAUUUUAUCGGGCGUUAUCUGCGCUACCAGUUUACGCCGGAGAAUAUCGAGUCUGCGAGAGGGAGGGCGUUAAGCUGGUCGUCGACAAGAACAACCUGAAUAUGCCGGGGUAUUUAGAGUCGACGUCAGAUAUUCCGUUUGGCAGCAUCAAGGCAUCCAACUACAACCCAAAGAGCUGGCCGCCAGGACUCAUGUCUGACAGGGCCAUACCCCUACCUGACGCAAAGACGGGGAAAACCAAAAUGCUCAGCGUUCAUAUCGUUCGAUUCAGGGACAACUCAGGCGUUGCUUUAUUUGUUAGUGGUUGCCACGGUGUUGCAGACGGCGAGGGCUUCUACAGGUUCAUCCAACGUUGGGCUGACGAAACGCGUGUGCUUGUCGAUGGUGCACCUGCUCCCACAGAGGGGUUCCACUUCGAUCGGGCCAUUCUCCUUGACAGCCCCGACUCGGUUCAAAAGGCUCUGGAUCCAAACAGAGUAGCAUACCUUCAGUCGGUGCUCUCAAUCCCGCGCAACCAGGCAGUUUAUGACAAGAUUGUAGCAGACAGAAAUGAAGGAAACCUGUACCGGGUUGACAGAGAUAUACUUGAUAACCUACGCAAGGAGGUACUCAGGUCUGCUCCAGACGGCACGCGGCUCUCAACCAACGAUGUGCUCGCUGCACUGAUAUCAAAGACAUUGGCACAGGCAACCAAGGAUGUCCUUAACCUUGGAGAAAACCAAGUGCCAGCCCCUAUUGAGAGGUCUGAUGCUGUCCAUCUCCAGAAAAUAUCGAUUCCUUACAACGUACGCCCCCUGUAUGGAGCACCGGCUGUAAACUACGUAGGGAAUGCUCUGAUUUUGCCAUCGUUCGCCCAUCCAUUAGAAAGCGGUGCUUCCGAGACCACAUCCGAAUCAAUAGCCGAUGUUGCGGUCAAAAUUCGCAACGCCGUGAACUCUGUUCAAAAGAACUAUGCAACAGAGUACUAUAGCACACUUGAGCGUAGUCCGACAUCGUUCGCCCUCCCUCUGUCUCCAGCCGAUACAGCAGUCAAGAGUGCAAUAGUCGUCACUAGCCAUGUCAGGUUCAAGAUAUACAGCGCCGAUUUCGGCUAUGGUAUCCCGGAUUUCGCGACUCCCCGACCGUAUCUGGCGAAGGUCGGGGUGAAGAUACAGCCUGUGCGCCCACCGAGCAGGGAUUUUUAUGUGUCUUUUGUUGACACUCCCGCCAUGAUUCGCAGUAUUCGCAAGAACAGGUUCUGGAGCAGUGUUGCUGAAGUGGUUUUCUAA